UAGAUACACAUAUUGUAUCUAUUCUCUCUCUCUCACAUCUUCAAAAGAUCGUUUUCUCUCUCACCCCUACAGUCUUGAUUAGACCCCAUCUGAUCUAACCCUCAACUGAUGACAUAUUGAGUUCUCAAUCAUCCAGAAGAACAACAAUCAGCGGCAAAGGGUUUAUUUUCAUUCUAUCGGGUUGGAUACUUGGAUUCACAACGAUAUGUUCAUUCAUAAUCGGAUAUUAAUCUUUCAAAAUUGAUAUGAAGUUGGUUAUGAUUGUGACCAAAACGAGCGUCAAAAUCUUGCUAUGCCAACAACUAUCAUGUGAUUAAAACCGCUAGAGCACAUCUCAGCCGUUAGAUAACCUUUCAAGAUUAACAUAACCGUCGACUAGUGUUAUUACAGUUAAUUCUGCAAUGGAGACAAACGAUCUGAUAACGAAAACUCUGCCAAACGUGACACCGCGGCUGCUUCCGGCUGUUUUACCAGCUGUUUUUAUUGCCGUUACGUAUGUUGACCCGGGAAAAUGGGUUGCAGCCGUCGAGGGUGGGGCCCGUUUUGGGUACGAUCUUAGUUUAGUUAUGCUUGUUUUUAGUUUGGCUGCUGUUCUUUGUCAAUACCUUGCGGCUUCUAUCGCUGUUGUCACAGGAAAAAAUCUUGCGCAGAUUUGCAGUGAGGAGUAUGAUACGAUCACAUGUAUAUUUUUGGGAAUUCAAGCCGAAUUAUCGAUGAUUGCUUUAGACCUUUCAAUGAUUUUGGGAACCGCACACGCGCUGAAUCUUAUAUUUGGCUUCGGUCUCUUCACGUGUAUCCUUUUGACUUCUCUCGACGCUUUUUUACUUCCGGUUUUCUCAAAUUACUUGGAAAACGGGAAUGCAAAGUUCAUAAGCAUGUGGUUGGCAACGGUUGCUUUAUUUUCGUAUUUCUUUGGCGUGGUUACAAGUCAACGUGACACGCCACUGUCAAUGGGCGGGAUGCUUACUAGUUUUAGCGGAGAAAGCGCGUUUGCAUUGAUGUGUCUUCUCGGUGCAAGUAUUAUGCCGCAUAAUUUUUAUCUACAUUCAUCUAUAGUGCAGCAAAAUCAGGGACCGAAACAAGUUUCAAAGGGAGCAUUAUGUCAAGACCAUCUUUUUGCCAUUUGUUGCGUUUUCAGUGGCAUUUUCGCCAUAAAUUACAUUCUCAUGAACUCGGCAGCAAAUGUGUUUUAUAGCACGGGCCUCGGUCUUCUUACCUUUCAGGACGCCUUAUCUUUAAUGGACCAGGUAUUUAGGAGCCUUGUGGCACCUUUCGCUUUAUUUCUCGUUCUGGUUCUUUCAUAUCACACAACAGCGCUGACGUGGAAAUUCAGCAGUCAAUCGGUCCUCCUUAACUUUUUCAAACUCGAUAUUCCCGGUUGGUGUCAUCACUCAACAAUCAGAUUAAUAUCCUUAAUUCCCGCACUUUUAUCCACGUGGCACUCGGGAGCCGAAGGCGCGUAUCAACUUAUGCUCUUUACUCAAAUUACGGUCGCGGUUUUGCUCCCGUCGUCAGUUGUCCCGCUUUUUCGUGUCGCUUCGUCGAGAUCGAUAAUGGGUGUGAAUAAAGUUUCUCAAUUUGUCGAGUUUUUAAUUUGGGUUACUUAUAUCGGGAUGCUCGGUUUGGUGAUUGUGUUUAUGGUUGAGAUGGUGUUUGGAAACAGUGAUUGGGCAAAUAAUCUGAGGUGGACAAUGUGGGUCCCGUAUAUUUCCGUUCUUGUAACCGCGGUUGUAUCCGUCUCACUUGUGCUUUGGCUCGUUGUAACACCUUUAAAAUCUUCAAGUUCCCGACCCGAUGUUCAAAAGUGGGAUAAUAUUCAACGAAAUGUUCCCGAUUCAUCGUUUAUCGAAGAAAAAACCGAAAACACAGUAGAAACUCAAGAAACGAAGCUUACAAACGAGUGUGAUUUCGAUUUGCCCGACGAACUUUUAGACUUUGAUAACGGGCCUCAUUUGACUACCAUUGAAGAAAUUCCGUGCGAUAUUACGGACUCAUUGCAGCCCGAUGAAUCACCGAUUAUAGCGGAAAACGUCCCGAGCCCUGUUGUUACGGUCUUGCAGAAAGAUGACGAUUUGGUUGAAAAGACAUUGACUAUUGACGGAAACAUGCGGAUUGUAAAACAGCCCGAAUGGGAGCCUGAAGAACCAUUAAAAACGGUAUCGGGAAUGGUUAAAUCUCCCUCUAACGGGCCGGGUUCGUUUAAGAGCUAUGGCGGGAAAACCGAUGAUAUCACAAGUGGACCGGGGAGUCUUUCAAAGCUAGCGGGUUUGGGUCGGGCUGGCAGACGUCAGUUGGCUACAACACUUGACGAUUUCUGGAAACUACUUUUCGAUUUACACGGGGAAAUGACGCAAGAUGCGGAAACUAACAAGCUCGAUAAAUUGCUCGGGAUUGAUUCUAAACAGAACUUAAAGGCGAGCCCGGUUAUAUCGAAAAUGUCAAACCCGGAAAUAGAUCCGGUUUACGGGGUGCAACGGGGGUCGACUUUGUUGACCAGUUAUCAACAGUUACUAGACGCAUAUGCACAAAACCCGAUGCUAAACGUGAUGGAUCCCGAGAAACGAUACCAUAGUUUACGCUUACCACAAGCUUCUGGCCCGUAUGUUGAUCAGCCUGCUACGGUUCAUGGGUAUCAAAUCAAGUCGAUUAUAAAUCAAACCAAACAAAAGUCUGAUUACUUUCAAAAUCAGAUUGAAGCGGUAACUCCUAAAUCACCCCCACUUGUUUCAUCAAACUACAAACAACCGCUUUCUUUAACGAAAACCCAACAAAACGGGUUGCGACCCGCGAAGCCGCCGGGGUUUCCGGAUCCGGUUGUGUCUAGGAACGGCUUGAUGCAACCUGAACGAACGUACUACAAUUUUCAGCCCGCGGGACCCGUUGAGAACGUGCACGAGAAGAAGUAUUACAGCAUGCCGGAUAUAUCCGGGCUUCUUCCGAAUCGGGGUUCAAAGGUUUUACCCGAACAGUAUGCGACUCUUGGGCAAUCGGUUUAUCCGGCCCCGUUAAACCGAUCCGGGACUAUUUCCAGUUACGGCGGGUUGUCGUAUUCGAAUUUAUCACGGGACGCAGCUGCGUACCAGCCGAUUUCAAGUUAUAAGUCGGGGUUAGGGUCGGAUACGUGGUCAAUGUGGUCAAAACAACCGUCUGAACAUUUCGGUGUAGCGGAAAAGGUAAACCCCGGGCGCGAUACGACCCGUCAAGAACUGACUACACCUGGUUUGGAUUCCGAAGCGAAUAUUUUGAAGUCGUUUAGGCUUUGUAUUGUUAUGCUUUUGAAACUUGAUGGGUCCGAAUGGUUGUUUAAGCAAAACGGGGGAUUCGAUGAGGAUCUUGUGGACCGUGUGGCGGCUCGGGAAAGGUUUCUUUAUGAAAUUGAGGUGAAUCGGGUGGCACGUAGUGGCAGAACGAAAGUCGAUGAAGUUGAGUAUAAUAAGUAUCUUAUAACGUCGGUUCCGAAUUGCGGUGAAGACUGUGUUUGGAGAAUUGAGUUGAUUAAAAGCUUUGGUGUUUGGUGUAUACACAGGAUUCUUGAACUUUCACUUAUGGAAAGUCGGCCCGAACUUUGGGGGAAGUACACCUAUGUCCUUAAUCGUCUACAGGGAAUAAUCGAGCCAGCAUUCGCUAAACAUCGUGUGCCGACGAGCCCGUGUUUUUGCCUUCAGCUUCCGGAGUCGUACCAACACAUAUCGUCACCGCCCAAAUCCAUCACCAGUUUGCCGCCUCCUUCGAAAAGGAGAGGGAAAUGCACCACUGCCGCUGAUCUUUUGGACAUAGUCAAAGAUGUCGAGACCGCCAUCUCAGGUAGAAAAGGUCGGCCCGGUACUGCAGCGGGUGAUGUGGCAUUCCCGAAAGGUAAAGAAAACCUUGCGUCGGUCCUUAAACGGUACAAACGGCGGUUGCUAGCCGCGGCUCCUGAUGGGCUUAGCCGGAGCCCAUAGGUUCCAGGCUUCUUUGGUCACUAUUUAAGUGUAUUUCGUCGGGUUGUUUGAUUUUCAUAAACAACCCGAACUUUCACUCUUUUUUAGCUUCUGGGUUCUGUGUUUUGUGUUCUUCGGUUACAUCGCGUCUAAGGUGAUGGUGAUGGUGAUGAUGACAUGGAUGAUUGGAUCGGAAGAAAAAUAAGCGUUUGAAGUAGAACGAUGGAACUUUUUUUAGUGGAUCUGAAUCGAUGUCGUUAUGUUGUGUAAAUAUUUUUAUGCUGGCGACGAGAUGGUCUACUAUCGAGAUGAAUGAUCGUUGUGUUUUGUUUGUUUUUUCGCACAUAGAUACAUAUAUGAACUGAAUCAAAUGUUUUGGUAUUGUUUUUUAUUUAAUAUUUCAGCAUGCGUAUCGCUUA